AUGGUCCGCGGGGAGGUCUCGGGCGAUGCCGCCUUGUGGCAGGUGUUGCAGCAAGACGCUGAAGAAGCAAUGCCGCUGUAUGAACCCCUCGAUGCUGGCAAGUCAGAAAUCAGGCUUCUCGAAUAUGUCAGCUUCUCUGGUCAGCCGUCCCUGAGACUCAGUUCGGUAUCUCUCGACGAAAAGCCUGUAUACACAGCCCUAUCAUACGUCUGGGGAGAUGCUUCCAUCACUGAGUCAAUCCUUUUGAACGACCAGGAGUUUCAAGCAACCAAAAACCUCUUCCACGCUCUUCAGCAUCUCCAAGAUCAUUGGAUAGACACGUUUCCUGGCCGACAUCCGCAAGGCUUCAGGCUCUGGGUGGAUGCCCUUUGCAUCAACCAACAAGAUGUCGCAGAACGAAAUCAGCAAGUGCAACUGAUGCGGCGAGUUUACGCGAGUGCCGAGCUCGCGUUCUCGUGGCUCGGAACGGAUACCGAGGAGAUUGGCGCAGCAUUUGAAACGAUCAACCUGGUGGCUCACGAAAUGGACAAAGUCGUAGGACGACGCCACAUUGGAGGAGUUGAGCCGCACGAACUGAUCAGCUGGAUGAAAGAUUGGCCACAGCUCAUCUUGGCUGAUAUAGGACCUGAAAACGACUGGCAUUCCAAUCAGUCGUGGAAGAGCGUUCGGUCUCUUUUCACCUUACCUUACUGGUUUCGCGUAUGGGUAGUUCAAGAGAUUGUCCUCGCAGAGAACCUGGUUCUGUUGUCUGGGAAGUCUUCUGUUGACUGGAUAGCGCUUUUCCUCACAUGCAGUUGGAUUGGAAGGUUGAAAGAGAUCCGGAGCUACUUGCAGAAGCCUUCGUGGAUGGUUGAAUCUGCCUGGCUCAGCAUCACGUCGUCCGAUAGGGUGCCAUGGCACAAUCCCAUGCGACUCAUGAAGGCAAAACACCUACACAAACGACCAGAAACGCUGAGUGCAGACGAGUGGGAGAGCUGGGGCUGGCAAUUGAUGAGCUGGAACCACACCCUCUCCGCCACCGACCCCAAGGAUAAUAUCUAUGGCUUGCUUGGUCUCACCAAUUUGCCCCUGAUUCCCGACUACAGUCCGGACGUCUCGGUCGCUUCGGUAUAUGUCGAGUACUUUGCUCAGAAUCUUGCAUACUGGAAACGAACAGGACGAGGCAAAGAGCUUGAACUUCUUCCAAUGGCUGGCCUACAUAUGACCAUGGGGGCGACUCAACCACUGGUCACCCCAGACCUCCCGACGUGGGUUCCGAACUACCCACACGCAUGGAGUGAAUCAAAUAGGUUGUUUGAGCCGAUCAUAGGAGACGCUGAUAAUGGAGUUUUCGGGUCAAAUGUCCCAGAUGCGAACAUCUCGGGCGAAAGACACUUACUGGUGUCCGGCAUUCGUAUCGGCAAGGUACUUCGCAACCUACCGAAGCCAACAUUAUUCGAUACUGAGAAUAAGCUUGUCAAACUCACCGAACAACUGGUAACUAGUAAUGAUCAGUUUUACAAUGGGAUGACUGCGCAGGAGGCCGUAUUUCGCGCGGUGUUCGAAUCAGGCGGUCGUGGUGAAGCUGUCUUCUUUCGGUACCCCGAAGCCCGAGCUGAGAUGGCUCUCGGCUUCUUGUUUCACUUGAUGUACAUCGAUCGAGAAUUCGCAGGUGAACCUUUAGGACAGCGCCUAUUCGAGCUACUAGGCCUCGACGACAGCAGCAGUGAGGCGUUCAAUAGUAGCCUCUCGAAAGCAUUUAUUUCUGGCCAUGAAAUCGAGGGCCCAUGGCUGGAAAGGCUCGCAGAAUGGAAUCCAGAGGAUGGCCUUUCACCUGAGGUUCACGACCAGGUGAAGUCGGGUGUGAGCGCCUGGGACUGGCGUGAUCGCGGGAUGUUGCAGAUAGGAGGAGCCGAGGGCAACUACAUUGGCGUUUCCCGACAAAACAUGGCUGAAGCUGUGGAUGUCGUAUGUGUACUGAAAGGGUCUUCGGUGCCUGUCAUCUUGAGAAAGACCGAAGGCGAAGCGACUUGGAGCCUGGUUGGCACGUGUUGGGUAGCCGGGAUGAUGUAUGGUGAGGUGAAGACUAAGCUUGAUGACGCUUCCGUGAGUGUGGAGAGAUUUGAAUUACGUUGA